AUCGCGUUGGGUGUGUUGGGUGGGCUUGCAGUGUUAUGGUCCCUUCUCAAGACUGCAGGCUGGAAGAGGCGUACAGGAAGCUCUAUCAUUGACUUGCAGACAGUUCUCAAGUUCUUACUGUUUUAUGCUGGAGACCUUGCCAACGUUUUCUUUGUCGUCACAGCGGGCACAGGGAUUUACUGGCUUGUGUUCUUCAAAGCUCAGCAGUUUGUCUCUGUUUUUUUACCGCUUCCAUCUCAAGAAGAAGAUUUUGUUACAUACAUAGCAUGUGCUUUUGGUUUAAAGGCUCUGCAAUUCUUACAGCUGCUGGUUUCACAACUUACUAUAGAUGUUUUCUUUAUUGACUGGGAAAGACCUAAGGGCAAAGUUCUUAAAGCAGUUGAAGGUGAAGGCGUCAUUAAAAGUGCUGCUGCACCUGUGAGCAUAUGGAGGACGUAUUUUAUAGCAAAUGAGUGGAAUGAACUUCAGACAGUGAGGAAGAUAAAUCCCCUCUUUCAAGUGCUUGCAGUUCUUUUUUUCCUGGAGGUGGUGGGAUUUUCAAACCUGGCUUUAAUGGAUUCUUCUUCCAGUCUGACGAGAAGCAGCGAGAGCUACGUCGCUCCUUGGAGCCGCAUUUUAAGAUUCGGUGUGUCUGCUGCGCUCUGGCUGGCCGUUGCUUUCCUACAGAUAAUCUUUUUUUCUGUGUUUUAUGAAAGAUUUGUUGAAGAUAAGAUCAGCCAAUUUGUUGAUUUGUGUUGCAUGAGCAAUAUUUCCGUGUUUCUCUUGUCACACAGCUGCUUUGGUUAUUAUAUCCAUGGUCGCUCUGUGCACGGGCAUGCAGAUACCAAUAUGGAAGAAAUGAGUAUGAACCUAAAGAGAGAAGCAGAGAAUCUGUGCAGUCAGAGAGGUUUGUUACCCAACACAGAUGGCCAGACAUUUCAGAUUUCCAUUUCAAGAAAGAUGAGACUACACUACGACAGGAUUCAUGAAACCCUCGCACGCAGACGUGGCCCUGCUAGGCUUUUGGAGGCAUCUGCAAAUACUUCUGAACAAAGCACAAGGGCAUACAACACCAUGAACAGAUUUCUCAGCUCUUUCAUUGAUCACGUUCAUAAAGAAAUGGAUUAUAUUGUUAAAGACAAGUUGCUGCUUGAACGGAUUCUUGGCAUGGAGUUCAUGGAACCAAUAGAGAAAAGUAUUUUUUACAAUGACGAAGGGCAGUCUUUCAGUGAUGUUCUCUAUUACGGCAACGAGACAACGCUGCUCGUCUUUGAUAUCCUCUUUUUCUCCAUUGUGGAUCUGGCUUCCCAGAGUUUUGUUUUGGCCGCUAUUCUAACAUACUUGCAACAAGAGAUAUUUAGGCUUAUUCGUAAUACACUUGGGCAGAAGAAUCUGGCAUCCAAAACCUUGGUAGAUGAAAGAUUUCUCAUUUAA